AUGGUGUGUCAUAAAACUGCUGUACUAAGUGGACUCUUCAAUGAUGCCCCAUAUACAUGUAGCAACUGCCAGAAAGUCUACAGAUACAAAAAGACAUUAUUACUUCAUUUGCGUUACGAAUGUGGCAAAGAACCUCAAUUUCAAUGUCCAUAUUGUUUUUAUAAGUGCCAUCAGAAAGGAAAUUUAUUAACUCAUAUGAAAACUUGUAAAAUUUACAAGCAAGAAAUUUGCCACAUGUUCACAUCCUACUCAAAAAAGAAGGUCCGUCUACUAAAGUUAGAAAAUAUUGCAAAGGAUGUUAUGCCAAGAAAGUCGUCAAUUUCUCGAUAUGGAUUUCCAGCUCCGCCUCAAUCAAAUCAUGAUGGUGUGUAUCAUAUAUGUCCACAAUGCUCUCGAUCUUACAAAUAUAGUUGGAACCUGACUAAGCAUUUGAAAUAUGAAUGUGGAAAAAUGCCACAAUUCAAAUGUGAUCGGUGUGGACACAGAUUUCAUCAGAAAGGGAAUAUGAAAGCUCAUAUGAGAAAAGUCUUGGAAUGCUUCACAACUCCCAAAAAUGACAGAAAAAUAAACGGUUUGGGAUCAGCUUUCCUCAUGAUACCACAUUCUGUAUACCUUGAUUAUAAAUCUGAUGGUGAUGCUAAGACAAAAAUUGAUCAAGUUCCAUCACCCUGUCCCAUUGCCAGAAGAACCAGAGGUGCCAAGCGUGCUAGCUUAUUGGAAGAAGAUGUUAAGCCUUGUGUUGAAGUGAAUGGUUUCCUGAAGGAUAUUAGUAACGGCAAUAAUUUAUGUGUAGCAGCGGAAGCAAAACUGAAACAAAAAUCUCCAGGAAAAACAACACCAAGAAGUCUUAACGCUGUUGCACAAAAUGAAAAUUCAACCUCGAUCGCGAAAACUGAAAGUAAUCAUACAAUAGAUAGAUCUGAGGUCUCAUCAACGCCAGUUAAGGUUCAAAAAGUUUUUUGUUCCAUUUGCCUACAAGAGCUUGCAACACAUUAUACACUCAUGCGACAUUUGAGAGCAAAACAUCCCAAUUCGGAAAUAGUAUCCUCCUUUAAGAAAAAUUUCGAAGGUUCCAAAGUCAAGAAGCGAGCUAAAAAAGCCAAGAAUUUGGUUAAUGUUGCAAAAAUUGCUAUGCAAUCCGUUAAGAAGAAUUUGGCUAAACCAAAACAAUUGAACAUUGAUGUUGAAGCUAAUUUAAAGGCUGAAAAUAAUACCGAUGUGAAACAAGAAAAUAUGAAUACCAAUGUUGAAUUAUACACACUUAAUAACAAUAUUGGAGGUUUCGUGAGGCUGAGUGUUAAAAAAAAUAAAAUAUUUUAUGAUAAAAAUAACUUUCUACAAAUGAUUUCCGAUACUUCGAUCGCCACCAAUCAAGUGGUAAUGCACCAUUGUGACAAAUGCACCAGGCGAUACAAGAAUCGUGAACACCUGACCAGGCACCAGCGUUACGAAUGCGGCAAAGAACCGCAAUUUAAAUGCCCAUAUUGCCCUCAUAAGUGCCAUCAUAAAUAUUCGUUCUACUGGAUGGAAAAUUUGGCUUGGCAAACUCGAAAUGUACUUUUCGGCGGCCAACGGUCUGCAUUGGACCGCGUCCAUCAUUGUAACGCUUGCACCAGGUCAUACAAGUACCGCACGCACCUGCUGAGACACCAGAGGUUCGAAUGUGGCAAAGAACCCCAAUUUCAAUGUGGGCACUGUUCUUACAAGUGUCACCAGAAAGAUAAUUUGACGGCACAUGUUAGGCGAAAACAUGCUAACGAUGUCAGGACUGGUUAUAUUAUUUAUCGGUCGUCUUGGAAUCCAUGGGAAAAUAGGACAACAGCAGAAUUGACUGCCAACGGCAAACAUGUAUGUGCAGGUUGUUUGAAGGAGUACAAGUAUCGUUCCCAUAUGCUGCGACAUCAAAAAUACGAAUGCGGCAAGGAACGAAAUAUGCAAUGCACAUAUUGUUCAUAUAAAUGUCAUAGAAAGUGCGCUUUGACUUCACAUAUUGCACGAAUGCACAAACAUGUUGAUAUUGUCGAUGGAAUUGAACCCUAUUAUGAAUAA